GAGCGUACGAAAUUGGAAGCGAAGAAGGAAGAGGAGAGGGAUCUCGAGCACCCAGCCAUCCACGGGCCCCCAGUAUUAGCAAGUGGUAACAGGGCCGCGUUUGCGUUUCGCCGCAUCUCAAUAUCUGAAAUCAAAACCAAAAUCAAAUUUGUAUCGGUUGAUACCCACAAUCAAACCGAAAUAAAGAAUUACUUUCUGCGAGCCACAUGACCAUUAAUUAAUGUUUCAAGGUAUUACAAACUCAAGAUGGAUACCAAAAACAUGCAAAACAAACCCAUGAAUGGGUCUAGAUUUAUUGAGAUGCUGUCAACAAUAUCAUUGGAAGAAAUAUUAAAAUUUGAGUUCCGUCUUAAUCCAACCAAAAAAUGGGAACUGUUGGUAACCCCCACAGAUCCACUUUGGAAAUACAAUUGUAAUAUUUGCGGUGUUGUUCAGUACGGCGACAAGAAUUUGUUUAGCCACCUUUGUGGUAAAAAACAUAACGCUGUAAUGGUAGCUGAACAGCAAUUGCAAAUAAGAAUGAAGCCCAUUGGAGGUCCACAGAAAGCGGUUUCAGAACCCAUUAAAAAAGGUCCGAACCCCAAUAUGAAUAACAACAAAAACGUAUCUUCCCCCGUUGUGAAAAAUUCCGUUGCUUCCAACAAAAAUGUUGAAAACAAAAGUAAUAGUACUAACACUACCGUCAAGCAGGAAGGUGGAAAUUUAGCUGUGAAAGCUCAACCCACUCAACCCACUCAAAAGAAAAGUCCAGCUACGGGCGUUAACACUCAGAAAAAGCCUAACCCAAACACGGUUCAACAGGCUCAAAAGAAUAUACCGGGAAAUGUUACACCCAUUCAAAAGAAUAUUCAAGGAACUAUUACAUCGCCACAAAAAAAUUUACCAACAGAAACUAAUCCUCCAGCUCCAAAAAGUAUUCCAGGAAAUUCUCAACCUAUUCAAAAAAAUAUUCCAGGAAACAUUCAACCCAUUAAAAAAAAUACUUCAGGAAAUCAACAACCCAUCCCAAAAAAUAUUCCAGUUAUUGGUGCGAUUGCACAGAAAAAACCUAAUUCAAGCACAGGAAAUAUUCAAGCAAAGAAAACUGUUGGUAAUGUGGCCAACCCAAAGAAUCCAGGGAUCAAAAAGAGUCCACAAGCUACAACACCAAACUCAACAGCUCCGUCAAACAUUUCAAAGAAUUUGGGAAGUCCUGCUACCAAAACAACGGGCACUGUGGCUAAUUCCACGCCAAAACCUGUUCAAAACUCGCAGCCCCCAUCAAAAGUUCAGCCUCAAACACAACUACAGCCUAAAACAAAGCCACAGGCAGCAAAAACUGUCCAGAAUACAAAACCGAACAAUGCGGACUUUGCUGGCAACAAGCUAAAUAAUCCAGACAUAGUAAAGAAUCCUCUUUCCACAAAAAUUACUUGUGUUCCGCUUGCCAAGCUUAUCUGCUCUACUCCAGAGCCUGAAGCGGACCCCGAUGUCAUAAUUAUUGAUGAUCAACCAAAAGAACAGUCAAAGGAAAAGCCACAGGAACAACCAAAAGAAAAGCCAAAAGAAAAGCCAAAAGAAAAGCCAAAAGAACAGCCAAAAGAACAUCCAAAAGAGUUUAGAAAGCAACCGGAGACUCCGAAAAAUAUACCGAUUCAAACAAUGAAGCCGAACACCUCGAGUGCGGCCAAAAAGCCAAACAAAAACGUUGCGCCUCCCGUUCGUCCUAAUAUCAAUAGGGUAUUACCUUCUUACGUGGCUGCUCCCAAGGAUUUCGCACCAGCUAGAUCCAGUAGUGGCACAUUUGAAUCCCGGAGUCAAAGCCACGUAAUGGGUCUCGUCGGAGUUGAGUACGUUUUGAAAAUAGUACGCAACUUGUCCGAUAGAAAUGCCAGAUACCAAUGCUGCUUAUGUGAGAUCACUGCUGAUGAGCAAUCGAUGCACAACCAUUUGCUGGGCUACAACCAUCGUCUUAAGUAUUUCGACAAGCAUUUUCCGACUGCAAUGCGUCAGUACCGUCAGUAUGUGUCCCGUGUGCCGGAGGGUGAGGUCUGCAAAAUAAUGAUGCCCAUUUUUGACAAGCUUGCCAUGGCUAUUGAAACCCAUCACGGUCGAAAAACUGCCCAUCUGUGCUAUGAACAUCUGUAUGCCAAAGAUCGCCAAGAGUUGUUCUCCCAGGUGUAUAAUAGAAAGCAUUCGUCGGAAAAGGUGGGCCCUUCGUUUACCCACGUCGUUAACGCCGAAGAGGUUGAUGAGUUAAUCGAAAAAGCUCGAAGCAACGUAGCCUUAAUGAACGUGGAAAACCCGAAUCCCUAUUUCCUUCCAUCAUAUGCAUCUCAGGGUCUGGGUAAUUAUAUGGGCUACCAAAAUGCGCCGGCUGAAAAACUAUCACUGCCUGUUGACGAUGAAACGCACAAGCGAAUGGUUGAUAACUUCCUUAGGGACACCCGUCAGAAUUCGGGCGAGGUCCCGAAGUCCCGAAAUCUAAAGCGAAACCGUUCACGAUCCAAAUCGCCAGAGCAAAGGAAGCGGGUUACCCAGAAGAGGCAUUGGAAUGUGGAGCGCAGGUCGGUGUCGCCUUUGCGAGAUGGGGAUCUGUGGCAGGCCUACCGUCACAUGGUCGAUCUCAAGGUGCGUGAGCUAAACGUGUCCUUUGACCAAUACAAAUCCGACCCGGAACAGCAUCCGAGCUAUCAGUCCGAGUGGCAAAUGUUCUGGAAACGGCGCAAGGAUGAACUUAUACAAGCUGGCAUCAAUCAUCGUUCAUAUAACUUCCAAAACGAGUGGAUUCACUUCUUUAAUGCGCGCAUCGAAGAAUUGUACAAUCAAGAUAUUGAAAAUAUAAAAAUAAAAUGUCGUGAGAGGCUGUGUUUGCCAAUGACCAACAAUGAAUUGACCAACGAAAAGUAUCACGUUCAUUUGCCCAAAGCAGAUGGUCCCGAAUCGAGAAAAUCGGGAGGAACUACAGGUCCGGAAAAAAUGUCCGUGGAUGAGGAGCCUCCGAAUGUGAUCCAUGUGCUUCGUCUUUUAACUGCUUUGGAAGAUUACCUUGGAAGUUUGGGUCGCUUUAUUACCGAAAUGCUAGUAAAGGCUUUGCAAACCCAAAAGAUUUAUCCAGAAAAGGUCCAAUCUUUAAUUUUAACCACGGAAAACUGUGCUAUUUUGGAGACGGUAAAAGAAAAGUUUACGGGUCUCUUGAUCUCCCAAAUAUAUGAUCCUGCCACGGAAAGGGCAUUAAAGAAAGCCGUUAAUGAUACCGAACUUUUGCUUCAAGAAGCCGCUAAAUACAACCAUCCAAAACGUAUCUUACAGUCUGCUGAGAAGCCGGAUUUGCCAAUAGCUAACCAAAAUUCGUAUCAGAACGAAAAACCUUUGGAUAAAACUGAGCUUGCGGCAAAGCUGGCUUCAUCUUUGGUCUCUCAAGGCAAAACAUCUAUUAAUCGUGAGGAACUUCAGAAAAUACUUCAAGUAUAUACGCUAAUAGAGCAGAAGAAACGCCAGGAAGUUCCUUCUACCAGUUCGGUAAAUCCAGUGCCUAGCACUUCCAAUAACUUGGCCCAGAACUCAAAUAACAAUGGUAACUUGUUGACACAACACUCAGCUAGAAAUUCAAACGUUGCGAAUAAUGCAAACAACGUUAACAACUCGACCAGUAUGUAUACUGGUCAAAACUACUCCGGAAAUGUGGCUCGCUUUAACAACCAACAAAACACUAACAAACCUAACACCUUGAACGCGUAUCCGACUGAUCGUGGAUUUGGAUCCGGCGGAUAUCAAAACAAUCAAUUUGGAUCUGGAGGAUUGGGAAUGAAUGCAAGCAGCGUUUUGCGAAACGACCUUACUUCGUCGUCGCUUUUCAACUUCAACACCAACUUGAACCCAGCAUACAACAACCUUAACCGGAGGAAUAAUUUUUAAAUGGUAGUCCUUAAAUUGAAUAGACUUAAACGAAAUUUACAUGAAAACCUAUCUUUAUUAUAACAUGUAUUCACAACAUUUUCAAAUUAGCUACAUUCAUUCAAAAUUUGUACAACAUUUGAACAAUGUAAUGUAAAUAAAUCGAUAUCAUAAUUGAAAA